AUGGCUCACUUAACAAGGCUAGGAAUGAGAUUAACAACAAGACUAACAUCAAAACGUUUUUACUCUUCUGCCAAAAAAUUAACAAUUGGGUUAAUACCAGCUGAUGGUAUCGGAAAAGAAGUAAUUCCUGCUCUUUCAAGUAGUUAUAGCAAUAGCCCGAAUUUUAAUUUUAUUGAACUAAACGCAGGUUUCGAACACUUUCAAAAAACUGGAACAGCUUUACCUCAAGAAACAUUAGAUAGAUUAAAAAAUGAAUGCUCUGGAGCACUUUUUGGAGCGGUUAGUUCACCUUCCCACAAAGUCGCUGGAUAUUCAUCUCCUAUCGUUGCUUUGCGAAAAAAUCUAGAUCUUUACGUGAACGUGAGACCUGUAGUUUCAGUAGCAUCAAAUAAAGAUCCUAAUCAAAAACCUAUCGAUAUUUUAAUUAUCCGAGAAAAUACAGAAUGUCUAUACAUCAAACAAGAACGACAAACCGUAGAUGAGAAAACAGGUUUAAAAGUUGCAUGGGCAGAUCGAAAAAUUUCGGAAUAUGCAUCACGUAGAUGCGGUAAAAUGGCAUUUGAAAUGGCAUUGAGCAGAGAUAAAAUUCGACAAAGCUUACGAUUAUGGGAUACCAGACCAAAAGUAACUAUUGUUCAUAAAUCUAAUGUGUUAAGUAUCACAGAUGGUUUAUUCCGAGAGACUGUAAGAGGAGUUAAAGAAAAUGAUUCCAUGUAUGACGGAGUUGAUAUGGAGGAACAACUUGUUGAUUCUAUGGUAUAUCGUCUCUUUCGAGAACCACAUGUUUUUGAUGUCGUCGUUGCACCAAAUUUGUAUGGUGAUAUUAUAAGCGAUGGAGCUGCAGCAUUAGUUGGAAGUUUAGGUGUUGUUCCAAGUGCGAAUAUUGGUGACAAUUUCGUAGUUGGAGAACCAGUACACGGUUCGGCUCCAGAUAUUGCAGGACAAAAUAAAGCCAAUCCAAUCGCAGCAAUUCGUAGUGCAGGAUUAUUGUUAGAACAUUUACAGUUACAUACACAAGCGAGCGCAAUUUAUAAUGCUGUAGAUGAUGUACUAAAAACUGGAACAUUUUUAACACCUGAUUUAGGGGGAAAUUCUACAACUCAACAAGUUACUGAUGCUAUUAUCAAAUAUUUACCGGAUUCACAUGACAUGACAUGA